AUGGUCGGCGCGGUGGGCUCGGGCCAUCCCAGUCAGACCCGGUUGACAGCUGAUGCUUUGGCCUUUGUUACAUCCUAUACAUCCUAUACCAUGGCGAACAAGACUCAUGAAAUGAGAGAACCACAGCUAAGACCGGAUGGAAGCCCAGCCAUAGCAAUUCCAAUUUUCAACUUCCUUGGAUGUUCAGGGAUCCAAUAUGGAGAGCUUGCUAUCAUGCUCUGCUUUGGAGUUCGACUCGCGAUCCUGUAUCUCGAUUACUGGCCCACGGUGUCGACGGCAGGGUGCCUGAAUGAGACUAGGACGAUACAGGUUAAAAGGAUCAAUAACGAUACCAGCAAUUUGGUAUUAGAGCUGGCGGAAAAUGAAGACCACAUGGGAAAUCCUUCCCGAAAAUGA